GUACUAAAUACAAAACAAAAAGUUAAAUCGAAAAUAUUUUUAAAUUCUUUGUGCGUGGGAGUUUGUUAAUACUGUUUUACUUUAUCCCUGGUUUUGGGGUACUUUGACCCUAACAUUGGGUGCUGAUUGGAACUUUGUAGUUGUCAAUUCACUAUGUUGACUGGUUUUCAAAAGGUUCAAAAAUUAUCGAUAACUACUUUUUUGAAGUUAACGAUGUCAUCACUAGACGUCAAGCUGAUUGUUUGCUCUACCUUGACAUUUGUUUUGAGACUGAAACAAAAACAUUAUUAUUAUGUUUAACAAAAAUAUAAACAAAUAAUUGCGAAAUUUGUUAAAAUGCCAGCUUUUUGUACUGUACAAAAUUGUGGUGAUAAAUAUGGACACGCGGACAAUAUAUCCUUUCACAAAUUCCCAUUUAAGCGGCAGGAGUUAAUGCAGAAAUGGCUUGAUUUCGCACAACGUGGUCCCGAUUGGCAACCCUCGAAAUGGAGCGCCAUUUGUAGUCGUCACUUUCGUGAUGAAGACUUCAAUUGUGCAGCCGAUCGGAAAAUUUUAAAGAAGACUGCGGUACCAUGCUUGCGAAACCUAAAAUACGCGCAGAACAUAGAAAAGGUGCACAGGGAGCAGAAGCAUACUGAAAAUACUGCUAAUGAGAAAGCAGAGAAUCAAAAUACUGCAAAGAUUGCCGUCAACGAUCCACUACCCGUUGCGGAAGCAUGCAAUGAAACAGGCGUGGAAUUCGAUGAUGAGGUGGAACAGCGCCUGCAGACCACACCUUUACAAAGUUCCCCAAACGCACCGCACAAGUUUAAAUGCCGUCUGUGCGGCAGUGCCUGCUCAGCUGUGGUAUCAUUUUCUACAAAUUUCGAAAUUUAUGGCAUGAUACAGAAAUGUUUUCCCACACUCAAUAUACAAAAAGACGACAACUUGCCCAAAGAAAUGUGUCGCUUGUGUCUGAAACGCGUAGAAAGCUUCUCGCGCUUUAUUGACAAAGUGCUCGAAACACAAAGUGAGUUACAGCGUAAAUAUCGCACAGAGAAAACAAACAGCAGCACACGUUUUGCUGAACGCCCGCUUAAGGUGAAGCAAGAGCCUGUAGUGCGUGUGAAACAGGAGCUGCCAGAGGGUUUUGACAGUUUUCUCUCGGAUGAUCUGGAUAUGGGUAUGGAUGAGGGUUGCGAGCAGGAGCACGACACCGAUACGAUUGUUGAACAAAAAUAUGAUUUCUGCGAUUUUCCCAUGUUGAAUGCACAGGAUAUAAUCAACAAUUGUGAUAUAAUGGAAAUCAUAAAUUUAGAUGAUCCAUUUAUAAACAUACCGGAUGAUGACGCCAAUACGAAUUGUGAAAAUAAUGCACAGAAUCAAAAGCAACAAGAGCAUACAAUGCAACAGCAACAACAAGAGCGGCAUAAACGUAACUUACUAAGUGCGCAUGAGUUGCUGCAAAACCAUUUGUUAAAUGAGGAACACAAUUAUGCUUACACCACGGAGGAUAUGAAGGAAGAGUGUCAAUUCAAAAGUACCUAUAAGACAGAGAAGACUGAUGGCGCCGAAUGUGAAGAUCAGGCUGAUUUUAUGGCAAAUGCGCCAACAGAAGAUGAAGAGCAGUCGGCUUAUGCGGGCGAUGAGCAACAUAACGGUGUUAAUGGUGCGGCCACUAGCCUGUAUAAAGAAAACUAUGUCCCUUCCAACUUGCAUUUGGAGCAUGCUGCUGCCGCAAACGUGGCGAAGUCAACAAGCAACGCCGAUACAACAACUUCACCAGCGUCCGAUACACGUUCUACAAGACCCAUAGUAACUUCAGUGAGUGAACUCUCUGACGCAGCAAUAACAUUACCCAAUCGGACGGUCGAGGACCGCACGCGUGCCGAAAAACUCGUUGUCACCGCCGUGGAUGACAUACCCAUACCACCGGCACCAACCAGUGACGCCGCAGCCGCAACAACAAAAGUGUGUGCUCCCGCAACAUCCACAGUGGCAAUGAAAACACAUGCGAAACCAAAUAUUGUUGUGCUCGACGAGAGUAUAGUGAAAUCUUCGAAUGCCUUCCAAUUGCACACCUGUCAUACGUGCCAUUUGAAAUUCUUCAGUGUAGAGUCUUUAAAUCAGCAUUACAUUGUAGCGCAUCCACCACAACCACAAAUGCAGGAGCAGCAAGCCACACAAAUGCGCGUCGAGCAACAGAAGUUGCAAGAUGUACAAAUGCAACAGCUACAACAACUCAUGGAUCCUUAUACAGCACAACCACAUAAUUUGCUCACACAAAAUCAACACUAUCAACAGCAACCACACCAACACCAACAACAAGAGCAGCAGCAACAACAGCAAGCGGAGCGUUUGCCAAUGGUGAGUGUGCCGGGUGACUAUGUGUGGAAGUAUUACGGUGGCGCCACUGAUGUCGGCAGCGAUGUGUACAACAACAAUCGCAAAUUGGAAAAAGAUUUCGACACGAACACUGCCUGCACCGCCGAUCUACAUAAAACGAAUGACACACACGCCUUCCUGCAGCCAAGCGUAUUUGGUUUUGAGCAUGCAAAUGCGCCAAAUUGUGCCGCUGAUGCCGCUGCUGCUGGGUUGAUUGGCGCUCCGAACGCGGUGAGAAUACUCGAAAUGAAGCGCACAUUUCUGCGUCAACACGAUCCAUUCAGUAGUAUGGCCAACAUACAAGCCGAAUAUGUGAAAACCGCUUUAAAUAGCAAUGAACCAACAAAAUCGGAUAGCGUUUGCGCCGCCACAAGUGUGCCACCUGGCGCAGUGGAGCAUACUUUUAAAAUACCAGCAACAUCAACGUCGGCGCGCAUGCUCAAACCGAAACGCACCAAGCGUCGCGCGCUGCUCAGCAGACACAUCAGUGCGCGCCUUGCAGCACUCGAACGCAAAAUAAACGCUAAAACCACGCCGGAUAUUGUUGCGGCCGAGUAUCGGCUGCUGGGACGACGCUAUAAGCAGUUGCAGCUCGAAUGUGCAUCACUGAAAUUACAAAUAUUGGAGCGGCAAAUGAAAGUCACCAAGUCAAAGUCAAGCGCCGCUGUACGCUUCCGCUGUCGCAUUUGCUUGGCGAAAUUCAAGAGCAUCCAGCGUUUGCUGCAGCACAAACGCACACGCAGCCAUUGGGCGCGGCGCCGCACGGUGCCCAAACGCUUUGCCGCCACCUGCUGCGGCUGUGAGAAGUUCUUUCGUCACAAAAUCGCUUUGCACAACCAUAUGCGCUACAUCUGUCAGGCGCUGCCGUUGCGCUGCUUCAAAAUGCAAAUGCAAACGUUCAAGUGUCGCUACUGUCGCUGCAGCACAUUCAAUCAUUGGCGCCUCUAUCGCAGACACGAGGUGAAGUGUAAAACGAGCAAGCAACGCAGAAAACAACAUAUCCGGCAACGUGGCAGACGCGGCGGCCGUCUCCACCAUCAUCAAGCGCAACCAGUCACAGUGCAACCGCCAACGGAGUGCAGAAAGGAGCGCAGCGCCGCGCCGAAUUCACCGCAUGCCGUGCGCCCAUUGAAGCACAAACACCGCUCAACUGACGCGAUGCGUGAUUAUGCUUGUCCGCUGUGUGCUAAAGUGUUUGCCUCCGCUAACCGCCUUAGUCAGCAUCGCAUCACGCAUAGCGAUCAACGGCGCCACCAGUGCGCGUUGUGUGAGCGCGCCUACAAGCGGCGCAACGGCCUAAUGCAGCAUGUGCGCGCCUUCCAUUUGAAAUUGAAGCCGCAUCAGUGUGUGGUGUGUCAGCGCGCGUAUGCACUCAAAAGUGAUAUGUUGCGUUGUCGGCAUGCGACGGUCAAGCGCGCGCGUGUGCAAGAUAUGGCCUGCAGUGGCGAGUAGCCCCCUGAAGCGCCAUUUAAUUUGGAAGAAAUUAGUAUUUAUUAUAAGUAUAUCUGUGUUAGUUAGCAUUAGUUGUAGUUACUUUGGUUUAAAAUUGUUUUUUCCUGAACGCGAAGUACGUUGUCCAAACCUAUUUAUGUUAUGUAUGUCCAAAAAGGAGUAAAUUCCAUCUUUAUAUGCGUAUAAUUUAAUAUUUCUAGCAAUAAGCAUUAAUUCUAGUUAUUUACGUACAUAUAUAAAUGUAUAUGAUUGCAUAUUUUAUUAAAUAAAAGUCAAAGUUAUGCAUAAGCAAAAGAAACAACCUAUUAACCACUGCGUAUUCAUUUUCUCAUUUGA